AUGGAGAAAAGUCGGACAACACCAUACCAUCCAAUGGGCAACGGUCUCUGCGAAAGAUUUAAUAGAACACUUCUGAAUAUGCUUGGAACACUUAACCCUGAUGGGAAGAGAGACUGGAAAUCUCAUGUAGGCCCACUUGUACAUGCGUAUAACUCUACAAGGCAUGAAUCAACAGGUUACUCUCCAUUUUUUCUGAUGUAUGGAAGGCAUCCCAGACUACCAGUUGACUUGGCAUUUGGCCUUGAGAUUGAACCAAGUAAAUCCAAGUCAGUGUGCCAGUACACCAAAACUCUACGGGAUAGACUUAAACAAGCCUAUGAUCUUGCUUCUAAAGCUGUGAACAAAUCUCAAGCAAGACAGAAAGAGACUUAUGACGUGAAAGCUAGAGCAGCCAUGCUGGAGACGGGAGAUCGGGUUCUGGUGAAAAUAGUAGCAUUUGAUGGCAAGCACAAGAUUGCUGAUAAAUGGGAAAAGGACGUCUAUGUCGUUCUGAGACAACCAAACCCAGGUAUUCCAGUAUAUAUGGUCCAGAAAGAAAAUGGAGAAGGGAAGACAAGGACACUCCAUAGGAAUUUGUUACUUCCUAUCGGUUCUUUACCAAUCCCAGAUGCAUCUGCACCAGUAUUAAGAUCAAAAUCCAAGGUGUCAAGACCUCAUUCUGGAGCAUCUAACCAGAAAGUCCCUGAGGAAUUGCAAACCAAGGAGAGUUCAGAUGAUGAUGAUGACGACGACGAUGAUGAUGCAAUGUUACCUUUGACACGACCAGACCCUUCAGAUUCAAUCAAGGUCAAGCAAUGGACCACGAAGAUCAAGAUCAAGCAGACAAUUGCACAGAUCAAGCUAACGCAGAAGCAGCCAACGUAG